AAAAAAUCGAAAAGUGAAAAAGUUUCUUCUUAUAAAAUUGUUUUUCCUUACAAAUAAGUGAAGAAUUAGUGCUGAUCGUUCUGGUAUAAGCUUAGUUUAUAAUUUUAAUAUUUGUGGAGUUGGGUACUAACAAAAUCAGCAAAACUGGAGAGCUUAGAUCGUUUAAAACAAUUAUCGAGAAUGGAUCGAAAGGCUGAGUUGGAGCGUAAGAAAGCCAAACUUCAAGCGUUAAGAGACGAAAAGGAUCGUCGGCGAAGAGAGAAAGAACAAAAAGAUUUGGAAGAUGCAAAAACUGGAGCAGUUGCCCCGGAAAAAGAUAACAGAAAGGAUCUCGAUGAGAUGCUUUCGUCUUUGGGUGUGGCACCAGUGUCCGAAGUUCUUUCCUCUCUUUCAUCGGUUAACUCUGCUACGUCUGAUCAGUUAGCUAAUGAAACUCCUGAAGCAAGUCUUCAACCAGCUCUUAACGGGUCUGGAGCCAAAGCUAAAAAAUCGCAAGCACUUUCAAUCAUCCAAGUUCAAGUCACGAAUAUUCAACCUAAGGAGAACGUCGUUUACACCAAACAAACUCAAACAACAAGCUCAGGAACACAUCAUGAGCGAGAUGUUCUUUCUUGCCAUUCUUCGCCCAUGUCAGGACUGAUUGAAGAUUGGUGGAGGCCAAGGAAAGCGCAUGCCACUGACUAUUAUGAUGAAUACAAUCUUAACCCUGGUUUAGAAUGGGAGGAUGAGUUUACAGUGCUUGCUUUUGGGGAUGGACAAGGUGACGACGAGGAUCAUUCACUCAACAUGGAUCACGGAUUUCAUUCGAAAUUACCGCCUGGCAUUCUUCCUCACGGUCUACCAACAGUUAAAGAAGUUGCACCAGCAAUCACACCACAAGAACAAAAGAAAGAUGGAGUGAAACUUGUCAAAGAACUUUCUGAUGAACAAAAGCAAAUGAUAAUCUUAUCCGAAGAUUUUCAACGUUUCGUGAUGAAGUCAGGAAAGAUUAUGGAACGAGCAUUGUCUGAAACUGUUGACAUUUAUACUGAUUACAUCGGUGUAAGCGAAUCAGAUGAAGGAUCUGACGAGAGGACAAAUGCACGUCUUUCACUUAAUCGCGUUUUUUAUUCAGAACAAUGGUCGAAGAAUCGUUGUGUGACAUCAUUCGAUUGGUCAGAUCACUUUCCUGAACUUAUGGUCGCUUCUUAUCAUAACAACGAAGAGUCACCAAACGAACCCGACGGCGUUGUCGCUUUAUGGAAUACAAAAUAUAAGAAACAAUCGCCGGAAGAAACUUUCCAUUGUCAAAGUGCUGUAAUGUCGACAUGUUUUGCUAAAUUUCAUCCAAAUUUGAUUCUCGGUGGAACAUAUUCGGGUCAGAUUGUGAUGUGGGAUAAUCGUGUUCAAAAGCGAACACCAGUUCAAAGAACGCCGUUAAGCUCAACAGCCCACACACAUCCGGUUUAUUGUCUCUCAAUGGUUGGCACACAAAACGCUCACAAUGUCAUUUCAAUUUCAUCGGAUGGACGUUUAUGUUCGUGGUCGUUGGACAUGUUGUCAGCACCACAAGACACUCUCGAAUUGCAGCAUCGUCAAGCGAAACCAAUUGCGGUUACAUGCAUGGCAUUUCCAACCGACGAAGUCAAUAAUUUUGUGCUUGGUAGUGAAGAUGGUUACGUUCAUUCAGCGUCACGACAUGGCAAUCGUUCAGGGAUUGGCGAGACGUACGAGAAGCAUUUGGGUCCAGUUACUGGCAUCUCAACACAUCACAAUCAAUCGUCUUCUGACUUUUCUCAUCUCUUCCUGACAUCUUCAAUCGAUUGGACGAUUAAAUUGUGGAGUUUGAAAGACACAAAGCCUUUAUACUCGUUUGAAGACAACGCUGAUUAUGUGAUGGAUGUUGCGUUCUCUCCGAUUCAUCCUUCGUUAUUCGCAGCUGUGGACGGAAGUGGUCGAUUGGAUUUAUGGAAUCUUAAUCAAGAUACUGAAGUGCCGACAGUUUCUGUUGUCAUUGAUGGCAAUCCAGCUUUGAAUCGCGUGUCUUGGACACCAUCUGGUCUUCAUGUCACUGUUGGCGAUGAGUCGGGACGAAUUCAUGUUUAUGACGUUGCUGAGAAUCUUGCGACGCCACGAAUUGAUGAAUGGCAGAGAUUUAGUUCGACACUUAAUGAAUUGAAAAUGAACACAAACGAAGAUAUUGAAGAAGUUGAGAAGAAAACUCCCAUUCCACAACAGCCAUCAUCAUUAACCAGCAUUCCUGUUGUUUAAAUUGAUGAUGAUGAUCAUGAUGAUGAUGAUUAGUCAUUCAACUCAAUCGCAUAUUAUUUUUAAUUUAUUUAGCGCUUUUCCUUUAAUUUCCUUACUAAUAAUUAAAAUGAAAUUCUGUGCAACAAAAUAAAAAAUAAAUUUCAAAUGAAAUGAAAAA